AUGAAUGACACCAACAACAUUUCGAAUUCUCUUCCAAUUCUUGAUGUCAAGAAUUGGAUUCGAUGGAGAAAACAAAUGCAAUCUCUGUUUGGCUUUCAUGAAAUCCUUGAAGUGGUUACUAAUGGAAUCCCUGAGCUUACUGAGAAUGCAAUUGAUGCUCAGAGAGUUGCAAACAAUGAGGCAAAGAAGAAACAUUGCAAGACGGAAGAAGAUGAAAAGAUUGCAGGCUAUGUAUCGAAGGUAAAUAAUCUCGUCCAUCUCAUUAAGGGUUAUGGUGAAACUCUAAAUCAAAAGAUGAUAGUUGAGAAGGUAAUGUGUACGUUGACCUCUCACUUUAGUCACGUUAUCGUAGCUAUUGAAGAAUCUAACAAUCUUGAAACCGUGAAACUAGAAGAUUUGGUUCGUUCGUUAGAGGCACGUGAGAUUAGGAUUAUCGAAAGGAAAUGGGUUCAAGUUUCAAUACAAGAACUACAAGCUCAUGCUUGGAAGAAGCAUGAUGGUUUUGGCAAGUUCAAAGGCAAAGGAGACAAGACUCAGAGCAAGAAGUUUUGGUCGAACCCUCAAAGCACAAGGUCGAUGAUAUGGCUUCUGAAUCCUCGAAAAGAGGAGGAGGAAACUCCUAUCAGAAAGACAAAGAGAAAAAACGCGCGCAGUGCUAUAACUGUGAAAAGUAGGGUCACAUGGCAAAGAAUUGUCGGUAUAUUAAAGACAAGGGAUCAACAAAAGUCAACGAGGAAGGAGCUAAUCUUGCACGGCAAGAUCCAUAUGAUUUAUGAAGAUAUGAUAGUUAUGGUUGCAGUUGCAGGUGACCAUGUCGAAUCCAAGAUCUGGUUUCUCGACUCAGGUUGUUCGAAUCAUAUGACUAGUCAAAAAGUAUGGUUAGAAGAUUUCGACUCGUCGAAGAAGAGCAAGGUUAAACUUGCUGAUAAUAGCUCAUUUCAAGUAGAAGGUACUGGAGACAUAGUUUUCCAAAGGAGCAAUUUAGGAAAAGCUAUGAUUAAAGCUAUGUACCUGGAAUGA